CACAACACAGAACGAUAUACAGUUCAGUUAGACGUAACUAUAUACUAUUAAGGUCCUUGUUUGGUGGUUUUUUGAAGACCAAUUUUACCGGCAGAACAAGCAGUACUACUAUGGCUUUAACAGACCAGAUCGGUUGCUUGCUAGGGUCGGCUUUGCCUUGGCUUCUUGCGGUGACAGGGGUACUUUUGUAUCUACUCCACAAGAUCUUCGUCCUUCCAAAAAAGACUGUACCUCCAGGGCCAUCAGGUGUCAGGCUGUUGUUUGACAUACUGAAAGCGGUCAAAGGAGGAACUCUGCAUUUACUGGGUGAGAAGUGGGCCAGACAGUAUGGCGAGAUCGUCAUGUGCAGGACCAUCAUCGGCAACUUUUGUUUCCUCAACUCGGCGAGACUUGUCAGACAGGUGUUUACCGACAAGGAGAUAGAGCUCGUCACCAAUGACCGACCCAAAACGUUCACGGCCACCUGUGUAAUGUACAAUUCUAAGGAUGUCUCUUUUAGUGACACAGUCACCAAUCCAAACUGGCUGAAGAUGAGAAAGCUCUUGCAUUCUACUAUCAAGUUCUACGGAAGCGGCGUGGAAAAGUUUGAAAACGUUAUGCAGACAGAGUUAUGCCGCUUAACGAAGAUGCUGGAAACGAAAUUAAAAACAAAUGGAGGAAUGCAUCAUGGGCAGUUGGAAGAAUAUUGUGAAGUAGAGCUGGAAAAAAUGAUUUCUACUUCCAUUCAGCGUGCCUUAGCUAUUCUGAUCACGGGAGAAGAACAAAACCCAGACUCGAAAGUGCCACAACUGAUUGGAGAUUUCUCGUUGUGCGUACAGAGAGUCCUGUCGCCCACUAUUGAGUCCGUUUUGCUUACCUUACCAUUUUUGCGGUUUUUCCCUGGAACCUACUACAAGGAGCUGUGUGAAAACACACUCAAGUGCCGGGACAUGCUCAUUGAAGAAGUCGUCACCAAAGGAAAGGCAAAGCACGUGCCUGGUGAACCGAAGGGAAUGAUUGGUUCGCUGCUGGAAGCACAGAUGAGCAACGACUGGCUUAAAGACGACCACAUCCGGACUUUGAUUCUAAACAUUAUUGCCGCUGCGUUCAUUACUUCCAACGAGUUGCUGAAGUCGAUUUUCCUGUACAUGGUGCACUAUCCUCAAGUCAUGAAGAAGAUUCAGCAAGAGAUAGACAGCACCGUGGAACACAGAGCACCAUCCCUUGACGACAGAAGAAGCUGCCCUUUCACGGAGGCAGCCAUCUUGGAAGUGAUCAGAAUCACUUCUAACGUCCCUUUGGGUGUGUGGCACGAGACAAGAGAGGACAUUGUUACUGAUGGUUACUGCAUUCCCAGGGGAACUGUGCUGUUUGAGAACAUUUGGUGGAUGAAUCGGGACCCAGCAGCAUUUGAGAACCCUGAGGUAUUUCGUCCUGAGCGUUUCCUAGACGACGAGGGUCAGUUGCUGCCCCCUACUCACCCUACACGAUGGAGAUUUCUUCCCUUUGGCAUUGGAAAGCGCAGCUGUCCUGGGGAGAGUUUCGCGCGCUCGCGGGCCUUCCUCUACGUCACAACGCUCUUACAGCAGUUCGAGUUCCUCCCGCCUGUCAACCAUGACUUGCUUCCUCUCAGACUAGAUUCGUGGGCAGAAGGCAUUGUCCUGGAGCUCAAACCAUGCCCCGUGGCGAUAAAGAGGAGAUCACAGCAACCAGAGACUAGCUAGCUAUCAUCAUAAAGCAAAAUCUGGAAUGAUCCCUACAUUUUAUCUUGCGGUCACUGAUAUUUUGUGUUCGAGGCUAAAUUUCCAAAUUUUCCCGAGACUGUUUGGGUCAAUGAUCUAUGCUUUAUUUUUUUUGUAUUUUUUCGGUUUCUGUUUUUUCUAUGAAGAGAAGUUGCUUAGCUGACUAUAAAACUCAAGAUUAUUAGUAUAUACGCUUUGCAAAGGGUAAUAUUUUCAGAUAUUCUGGAAGGAGUGUGGAAAAGUUUUGCUUCAGAAUGUUAAUAUAUAUUAUUCAAGAUCAACGCCAUUCCCCUUAUUAUUUUCUUUACUAUUUGUAUUAUGCUUGUUUGUCAUGUUCAUAUACAUGUUAGAAAAAGCAGAUAAAUUUAUUAAUAUUAUUUUAUUGCUUUUAUUUAAUGAAUAGACUAGCUUCUUUAUAGUGGAAGUCUACUGUAUUCCUUUUUUCUCUUUAUUUAACUCUACAAUCGGCUCGUUACCAUCAUUACGACUAUUGAGAGUAUAGUAUACAUAAAUUCCUUAAGUGGGUUAAGCUUGUUAUAUUUAUCUGCCUGCUGAUAUGUGUGCUGUCCUCUGUGGUAGCCUGUAGCUUCACACGCCCACUUUGGCCUUUAAGCAUGCACAGAGUAAACACAGAUAUGUUUUUUCAGACGCGCAGAUGUUCAAAACUUAACGACUAUUAUUUACACACGUACAGGCAGUCUCUCAAACAGAUCUGUUAAUUUUUUGCAUGAGGUGUAAUUUUGUUUUCCGCUAUACAUCACUGGUCUUAGAAGAUAGAGAACCCCAGCGAUAUCUUUUUAUCACCGAGAAAAAGUUUCUGCGAAACCUCUUUACACGAUUUACAUCCAGAAGCCUUCUUCAGAGACAGCUUUUGUAAUCUGAUUUGUCUGAGCAUUUCCGGUUUUCUGAAAUGUCCUUUGUCCU